CAUAACAACGGAGAGUAGAGUAGUGAGUAGUGAGCGGACAGCGGAGACGAUGUGUUUAGUUUGUGCAGUUUGAAAACAGAAAUGGCUGUGACCGGCGAGCAGAUGAGAAUUUCGCAAAUCGGGCUUGUCGCCCGUAGCCCAGAGGGACAUGCAGCUAAAGGUAUGGCUAUAAAAGGACACGAAGACCUCUGGGUUGAAAUACAAGCAAACACUUUUCGCAAUUGGGUAAAUGAACACUUGCGAAGUGUCGGUAUGGAAGUGCGCGAUUUAGCCAGCGAUUUUUGUGAUGGUACUCGGCUUUGUGCUCUAGUUGAGGUGCUUCAGAAACGAAAAUUACGUCCAAGUUGGAUAAAAAAGCCGGCAAACCAACAUCAGUACCUGGAAAAUGUGACGGCAGCACUCACAGCUGUUGGAGAGGACGGGAUAAAACUUGUCAACAUUGGUAACGUGGACAUAGUAAACGGCAAUCUGAAGCUGAUCCUUGGAUUGAUCUGGUCGCUCAUUGUCCGCUACCAGAUCGGACGGUCCAAGUUCCCUCCACGGAAACUCAUGUUGGCUUGGCUUAAGGCUGUGCUACCAGAAUGCAGAGUUACCAACUUCACCACAGACUGGAACUCGGGUAUAUUCCUGAGUGCUCUGUUGGAUUACUGCGAGCCUGGCUUGUUUUCUCACUGGAGACAUCUGGACCCCAGUGAUAGCGUUCGUAACUGCCGCACAGCCAUGGAGCUGGCCCGCGCUCAGUUUGGAGUUCCCAUGGUGUUGGAACCGGAGUACCUCGCGUCGCCCUUCCUUGACGAGUUGUCUGGUAUGACCUACCUGUCGUACUUCAUGAAGGAGAACAGUCCCGGCUUCCGAGCGACUCUUCGCUGGGUCAACUCACAACUUAAGGAGAAACAUGUCUCCAACUUCACUAGGGACUGGAACGACGGCAGUGUUCUGUGUGACCUCGUGUCUUCCCUAGGAGCUCCGGCUAGAUAUCAGCACAGCAACGACCCGACCGUCUGGGAGUCCAACUUGAACAAUGGCAUUACCUCCGGUCGUAAGCUCGGUGUGGAGCCACUGCUACGGGCCAAGGACAUGGUGGACAGCAACGUUGAACAUCUCGGUGUGAUGGCGUACGCGGCGCACUUCCAGUGGAUCCCUCCUCGCACGGCACCCUCUCUCACUGUGGCGGCCGGCUGCGAUACUCACACUACCAGGAUACACACACCGACCCACUUCAAGAUAGAAUUCCUGAGUGACGAAAUUGACAGUCGCAACAUCACUGUCGAAGUCGUUGGUCCUGAGCAACAGAGAGUUGACUGUCGAUUGUCAUUCGACAGUAUCAGUGGCAAAGGAACAUUCAUUCCAACACAUGUUGGCAUGCACCAGAUUGUGGUGUACAAUGAAGGAGAUGUGGUCAAGGGAUGUCCUUUCCACAUCCGAGCCAUGCCUGAGUUGACCAACAUCCACUACUCGGGCUCUGGUAUGGAGCCUUGCGCCAUCGGCUCCAUCGUCGAGGUCCUGGUGAACUCCAACGGAGCACGCAGUGGCCACAUAGAGGUGAUUGCCACGUCACCCACUGGUCGUCGGUUGGACUGUCCGGUCAACGAGCGCAACGGAGUGUACACGGCGACGUUCCAGCCAGACGAGGCGGGGGAGUGGAGCAUAGCAGUGCGUCAUAGUGGCGAGCUCAUACAAGGCGGACCCUUCACCUGCCACGUGUAUGACCCUAACGGCAUCAAGCUGAUUGGUCUAGAGACACCAGCUAUUCCUGAGAGCAUAUUUGACUUCACUCUCGACGCCAGAGCCACUGGAGGUUUGGGGAAGAUUAUUGUUGACAUUGUUAAUGAGAGACACUCAUUGCCGCACACAAUAGAACCCAUUGGAGAAAACCUGUAUAAUGUGUCACUUCACACCACCCGUCCAGGGAAAUAUCGAAUCUACGUGUACUUCAACGGAGCUCAUGUCAAGGGCAGUCCAUUUGCCUUGAGGGUUGGAACUAGAGAACAGAUGAAGAUGGAGCGUUACAAUUCAUCUGCGUCAAAGAACUCGUACAACUCCUCAAAUCAUGAGAGCAGCAGGUACUCUGCAUUCAACAGAGUCAACUCGUCCACAAUACACCAAGUCAGUUCACCAGUCAACUCUCACAGCUCAAGUCCGUUUGGGUUUCGAGGCACCAGUCCGUUAGCUUCCCCACUUCGAUCCCCGGUUGAAAAGUCCUCACCAAACUUCAGAACUACAACAUCAUCCUUUGAGAAGACUUCUUCAUCUGCAUUCAGAGUAAAUAGUUCUCCUGUAGAGAAGAUUUCACCAGGGUUUAGAGUGAACAGUUCACCUAUUGAAAAGACCUCGUCGACAUUUCGGAUUAAUAGUUCGCCAGUGAAUGGAUUACGAUCCCCACUCCACUCUCCGGGGUUUCGGAACUCUCCGAGCCCUUUGGGGAGUCCAGGUUCAAGGAAUAGUCCCAGUCAGUUCAACAGUACCACUGUCGAUACCUCCUCCAAUGUUAGAGUCUCAGCUAUGUUGUCAAGCUUGAACCAACAACGCAGGGAUUCAUGGGACGCCCUCAACAAAACACAAAACAACCACAAUGAAGUUGAUUUGAAGGUGACAGGUGAUGCUCUACAACUGUUGCCACUACACAGAGCGUCAACUCUAUAUGUACACAGUGAUGCCCCUCUGUCUCAGAUCAUAGUCACAGUUACUGCUCCGUCAAAGCAGCAGUUGCCAGUAAAGAUGACCAGGUCGUCCAGUCAGCAAGCUGUGGCUUACUUCACGGUCACGGAGGUGGGAGAGCACGCCAUUGACGUCAAGGUGAAGGACCAGAGAGUCAUCGGAGCUCCCUUCAGGAGCCAUGCCUAUGACGCUUGUGCCAUAAAAGUCGGAAGGAUUCCUAACGGAGUUGUGGGACAGCCUGUGGAGUUUGAAAUUGACGGGUCAGGAGCUGGCUCAGGUAAUCUGGAGAUUCUGGUCAACGGAGGUCAUGUGACCAGCUUUGUACGUAACCUCGGCAGUCAGAGGUUCUUGGCGUCGUUUGUACCCCACGAGGCCCUUAGUCAUCUGGUGGAGAUGAAGUUCAACGGAGAGGCCGUACCUGGCAGCCCGUGGCACGUGGCAGUCAUGUCAGGGUCCCUGGGUGGCGGAUCACCUAAGAUGUCCGUCAUCGGGGAGGCAGUCAGACUAGUCCCGGUGGACCAGGUCGCAUCCUUUCAAAUCAGUGCUCUCGGCUUCCUCAGGGAAGAUGUGCACGCCAAUGUCAUCAGUCCCAGCAAGCGGGCAGUACCUUCCACUGUGGUGACAGAGCCUGGGGGGAUCUACCGUGUUGAGUUCACCCCGGCGGAGGUGGGCAGUCACCUGGUGGAGGUGAUGGUGGCGGGCGAGAAGCUCCCUGCGGGGCCACUACUGGCCAAAGUCUACAACUCUGCUCUCAUCCGUGUCACUGAUGUAGCUAGCGGAGUCGUCGGUCAACCUUGCCAAUUCAGAGUGGAUGCCAGCCAAGCAGGAGAAGGACAGCUGGAGAUCUCCAUCAACGAGGGGGAGGUGCCUAACCAUGUGACGGUGGUGGGGGGUGGCCGAUGUCUUGUCAGCUUCACCCCUGAACACACCAAGCCACAUCUCAUUGACAUCAAGUUCAACGGGGAAACUGUCACUGGUUGUCCAUUUGUAUGCAGCGUGUCAGACACAAGCCGAGUGUCAGUGAAUCUCAGCAGUCUGGAGCUGAUCCCAGUCAACCAGGUGGCCAGGUUCCACAUGACUGUAGAUAGCAGCGGCUCUGCUGAACUGGCCGUGGCCAUCACCGGGCCAUCUUGUGAACUGCCCGUCAAGGUAACUGGUAAUGUGCACAGUGGGUUCACGGCAGAGUUCACACCACGAGAGGUUGGUCCACACUCCAUUUCUGUGGAGUACAACGGCCAUCCUGUCUCAGGAACUCCGUUCAUCGCCAAGGCGUAUGAUGCCAAGAAGGUGUACGUUGGACCUCUGCCACAAGGACAUGUGGGGAAACCCCUUCAGUUCACUGUGGAUGCCAGUCAGGCAGGAGAAGGUAACCUGGAGAUCACCAUCAGUGCUCAGGGGGUGAACAUCCCCACACAGGUCCAUCCUCAGGGUAAUGCUAAGUUUGCCGUCAGCUUUGUACCCAUCGAACCCGUCGAUCAUGUCAUCAGCAUAUACUUCAACAAGGAGGCCGUGCCAGGGUCGCUGUUCAUAGCCCCCGUUGUGGGGGACUUCCCAUUGGUCACCGGCUCCUCCUUGUCACAUGCCCCGCUGGGCCAAGAUUCUUAUUUCACAAUGAGCAAUGUAGCCGGAAGUUUGGAUGACAUCGAGGUCAACGUUGAGGGACCCAGUGGACAGUCAGUGCCUGCGCAAGUGAAGGACGCAGGCAACCAAACAUUUAAAGUGGAGUUCUGUCCGAGAGUAGUCGGAGAACACAAGAUCGCUGUAAACUACCGACAAGUCGCUGUCGCCGGAUCCCCCUUCAGUUGCAAAGUUUACGACGUCAACGCCAUCAAAGUCAAAGCCGUGUCAAGAGGGACGGUUGGUCAACCUGUUACCUUCCUAGUUGAGACCAGCCAGGCAGGUCCUGGUAACCUGGAGGUGACAGUCAACGGAGGACGAGUGGCCACAUCGGCCCAGGCGCAAGGUCCUCACACCUACGCCAUCUCCUUCACACCACGCCAAGCCACCGCACACACCGUCGACUUGCGCUUCAAUGGAAGGGAUGUUCCAGGAAGUCCGUUCUCUUGUGUGGUGUCAGAAGCCGCUCGUAUUGUCCUGUCUGGGGAAGACAAGGUGUCCGUUGACAAACCAGCCACAUUCAUCGUGGAGUGUGAGCCUUCCAUGGACCCUCCUCAGGUCCAGGUAUUGUCUCCAUCUCGACAACUUGUGCCUGUAACUGUCAAGCCUACGGACGUUCCUGGAAGGUUCUCUUGUUCUCUCACUGCGAAAGAUGUUGGAGACCACAGUGUGGAGGUGAAGCUAGCAGGUGGACAUGUGGAAGGUUCUCCAUUCCUCAUCAAGGCUUACGAUGCCACCAAGGUCAAGGUCACAGAUAUCAGCUCCGGCACUGUGGGCAAACCUGUCUACUUCAGCAUCAACGCCAGUCAAGCAGGUGCUGGCAAUCUGGAGAUUAUUGUCUCUGUCAACGGCUGCAAUGUACCCAACUAUGUUCAGAGUGAGGGCAACGCAAAGUUCCGUGUCAAUUUCAAACCCAGAGAAGCAGCUCCGCACAGUCUCAGCGUUAGAUUCAACGGAGAGCCUAUACCUGGGUCCCCUUUCACAUGCCGGGUGCUGGAGCCGGGUCAGAUCACAGUGAGUGGCCCGGGGGUCAAGAUGAGUGCCGCGGGUCGACCGGCCGCUGUGUACGUUGACGGUGCUACCACCUGUGACGUCACCGUCACCUCACCCUCCAACCGUAGACUACCUGUCAAGCUCGACCACUCCGACAACCGACACACUGUGGAGUUUACUCCUGUGGAAGUUGGUCGUCACCUGGUCGCUGUGGAAGCAGACGGACAGACAGUCAAGGGCAGUCCCUUCCCUUGUAAUGUCUACAACGUAAAUAACAUCAAAGUCACUGGCCUAGGACCUGCUAAGGUUGGCAAGCCUGUGACAUUCAGUGUGGAUGCCAUGGAAGCUGGUGAAGGAACACUGGAGCUGGUCAUCAGCACACAACAGUCUACAGUGAAGGCGGAGGUGGUAGCGUGCUCCAGAGGUCUCUACGAUGUCACCUUCGUACCCCAUCAGCUAGCUCCUCACUUUGUUAACAUCACGUUCAACGAUGAGGAUGUGCCAGGCAGUCCAUACCGGUGUGAGGUAGUACAGCUACCCAGCAAGAAGGCAACAGCCACAGCUAGAGGGGAGGGUCUCAACCAGGUGGUGCUAGGGACUGCUGCUUACUUUGAGAUCAACCCUCACUCCUCCGAUCACGGCACGCUUGACGCUCAAGUCAUUGGUCCAGACGGGUCUCGUGUGCCUGUUGCCAUAGAGCGGCUAGAGACUGGUAUCUUCAGAGCCAAGUAUCGCCCCACCAUCGUCGGCACUCACAGUGUCACUGUCACUCAGCGUAAACAGCCAAUCACCAAGCAGCCGUUCACAGUACAGGUCUUUGACCCACUACAGGUCAAACUGACUGACCUCAGCGAAGCUUUCUGUCAUCGUGCUGCCACCUUCAAAGUGGACACGAGAGGAGCCGGGUCGGGGGCUUUGUCCGUCAGUAUCAGAGCUGCUGGGGCAGAGAUAAAACACACACUGAGGGAGCUGGAGACCCCGGGACUGUAUCAGGUCGUCUACCAUCCACAACUAGCCAUACCACACAAGAUACAUGUCAAGUACAACAGCAUGAACAUUGGAGGUUGUCCGAUGGAGGUGGCAGUGUCAGACCCAGCGGUGGGCCGAGACGUUUGCGCCACAGGCCUAGGACUGUACCAGUCACGCGCGGGCCGUGUCACACACUUCACCAUUGAGACGGCUGGUCGCCCCGCGGGGGAGUUUGACGUAGUAGUCACUGGACCACAGGGUGGUGCUGUACCUGUACGAUGCUAUCAGCAGAAAGACGGAAACUUGAUGGCCGAGUUUACACCUAACAACACUGGAGUGUACAAGAUUGACGUGCUGCAAGGGUCUCGGCCUGUGAGGGGCUCCCCCUACCAUUGUCAGGUGUUUGAUGCCACCAAGGUCAAGAUAGAGACUCUAGCUGCCAACAGUGUUUCUGUCAAUGAGAACAUCUCCUUCAAACUCCUGCGUAAGAACGCAGGAUUUGCAGAACUUGACGUGACUGUACGCAGUCCACUGGGACAAGACUUGCCACUGUCUGUACGCAGCAUCGGAGAGGAGACGGAUCUCAUUGAGCUGUGUCCAUCACUACCUGGCAACUACUGCUUCCACAUCACCUACGGUGGCGACAGCAUCCCUGACUCCCCGCUCACAUUCACCGUAGUGGAGAGUGGCGUUGCCCGGGCGUGGGGGCCAGGACUGUCACGCGCACUGCUAGACACAACGUCCAGGUUCAUGGUGGCUUGUAGCGGACUCUCGCCUCACGCUAAGCCUGACGUCACCAUGGAUGGGCCGGGCGACCAGUCAGUCAAAUGUCAGGUGACAAAGACUCAAAACAAUUGUGAGUAUGAAGUGACUUACACCCCGUCUAAGGUUGGUGUCUACGACAUCAGGAUAGCUUGCAAUGGAAAACCUAUUGCUGGUUCUCCAUUCCGAGCCUAUGUCGUCUGCGUGGAGAGGGUGAGGUUGAUAGGAGAUAUUCCCGGAGGUCGGCUGCCGUUGUCAGUCCACGUUCCUACCAGGCUGACCUUUGACGUCUCCCAGGCAGGACCAGGAGACCUUGUGGCAGAAUGCAAAGCACCUCAUAACUCUACUCUACCAGUCCCAAUAGAGUCGCCGACACCAGACAGACUACAGCUGUUGAUCACCCCCCGCACCCCCGGCCCACACACACUUCACCUUAGCUACGGGGGCUUCCCCCUCCCUCUCUCCCCCAUCCAGGCAUUGGCUGAGGGAGGCACUGGGGGAGUCAGGGUCAUCCUCACAGGCAAGGGCCUCGCGGGGGCCGUGUGCAACCAGCAGGCGGAGUUCACCAUCGACGGCUCACAGGCGGGGCCGGGCAUGCCCGAGGUGACAUUGACAGGGAUGAAGAACGACAUCAAAGUGACUCUGAUCUCUGUUGGGGACAAUGUGUACAAAGCCACAUACACCCCGACGCAGCCUGGCGCAUACCUGCUCAAUGUUAUGUGGUCGGACAGACAAGUGAAAGGUUGUCCACUCAAGGUAACAGUGACUGCUGUGUGUGAUGCAUCGAGAGUCGUCUGCUCAGGGGACGGCCUCGGCACAGGAACUGUUGGCAAAGACAUCAGGAGCUUCAUCGACACUCGGGCUGCAGGACCAGGAGAGUUGAGUGCUCACUGCGUUGGACCCCACAAGGUCGCAUACUGUGAACUCUACGACCACAGCGACGGAACAUUCACACUCAACGUCAAACCACAAGAGGCCGGUCGACAUACGCUCACUGUUAAAUAUGGAGGUGUGGAUGUGCCAGGCAGUCCGUUCACUCUGAGGGUGUCCGGAGCGCCAGACGCCAGCAAGGUAAGAGUCUACGGCCCCGGUGUGGAACAUGGAGUCUUGGCUACGUUCCAGUCUCGCUUCAUCUGUGACACGCGCGGCGCAGGUGCUGGCCAGCUCACCGUCAGAGUCAGAGGGCCAAAAGGUGCGUUCCGUGUGGAGAUGCAGCGAGAGUCGCAGAAAGACCGGACGAUUCUCUGCAAGUUUGACCCGACGGAGCCGGGUGACUACCGUGUCGAGGUUAAGUGGGCCGGGGAACAUGUCCCUGGUUCUCCGUUCGUAGUCAUGAUCUUCGAUACUCAAGAAGAGCUCAAUAGGUUUCUCUCUGGAAGUCAAUCUCCAGGGUCUGACCUGUAUGGGAGUGUCGCCUACAGUACGGGCUACGCUCACAUAACUCCAUAGUUUGUGCCAUCACCGACCUUCAUAUGCUGCUUCACAAGAUGCAUCUACCAAAUAGUUCAAAACAUAAAAGAUUAAAGUUUUCAAAGUUGA